AUGAACGAAUUCAUCGACCAAUACGCAGUUAACCGGACCGAUUCAUUGGCAAGAUUACGGUCAUGUUUGAUAGCAAACUGUAUUGUAAACGCCAUAACUCUCUUUAUUGCCACACCAGGGAACACUAUCAUUCUCAUUUCAAUCUGGCGAACACAAUCUCUUCACUCGCCGUCAAAUGCUCUUCUGUUUUCCCUUUCGCUGACCGACUUUCUUGUAGGAACAGUGACACAACCAUUGUAUAUCAUAUCUAGACUCUACUUCCUCGUCACCGGUGAAGAUGCCCCCAGAGCUCUUCUCUAUAGUUUUGAUGUCACUUCGAGUCUACUGUCAGGAGUGUCAUUUAUAACGGCAACUUUAAUCAGCAUUGACAGAUUUCUUGUGUUGUUUCUGCACUUGAGGUAUCAUAACAUUGUCACAAAUAACAAGAUAAUAGUCUCUAUAUUUGGUUCAUGGUUAUUAUCUGCCAUUUGGGGAUAUACAUGGACGCAGAAUCUGCGAGUGUUUUACCUCCUGGGAUUUAUCUCCUCGACUACAUGCUUCUCUGUCAUAGUUCUAAUGUACUUUAAGAUUUAUAGAGUUAUUAGAAGACAUCGUAAAGAUAUUCACAAUCAAACACAUUUCCAAGUAAGCAAGUCCUCAACCCGCGUCAAUUUUACCAGUUACACAAGAUCGGUUUUGAACACGUUCAUUGUUUGCCUUGUUCUCUUCCUCUGUUAUUUUCCUUACCUUUGCACGGCAGCGGCCAUAGAAUUAACUGGGAAUAGUGUAACCAAGAAAAUGUCUUUGGAGGUUUCUGGUACGAUUAUUUUCAUCAAUUCUUCCCUCAACCCUUUUGUUUAUUUUUGGAGAGUAAGAGAGUUUCGAAGCGCAAUUAAGGAGACUUUGAAGCGAAUU